UAAAUAUUUCCGGUCUUCUUCCUUCUGGCGAGGCGGAAGAAGUUUUGAUGGGCUUCAGUAGAUUUUUCUGAAUUUGAGCCGAAUGUUGUGAAUCGUCGACAUGGGGAUAUACCUGAUCGCUAAUUUAGUGGACUAAAACAUCAUCCGUGGAAUCUUCGUGUCCGUCCGGUUGGGGUCGUUUCGGGCACAUUGAAUCUUUUCGGUCUAGUUUAGCCUAGCUUGCUAACAAAGAGAGACGAUCGACAUUACGCGAAGCAGAGAUCAAGUGUAAGCACUUGGUUUUCUCAUCCCUCCAAAGUGAUUGGUGUGUGAAAAUGUGUACAAGAAGCCCAGCAGAGUACGAGGAAGAACCUUGGGGCCAAAAAGAGGAAAAGAAGCCACGCCGUCAACUACUUGACACUGUGUUCAGUCUGCAGCCUGAAACUGGGCUAUGCAGAGCAGAUAUCAGUGAAUAUCUUCACGCAGAGCGGCAGCAGUCAGUGUCCGGUCACAUCAAAGAGGAAGGGGAGGGUGAAGGGGUUCUAUGCGUUAAAGAAAAGGAGGUAGAAAUCCUCCAUGUGAAAGAGGAAGAGCGGGAGGAAAGCAUCCAGGUUCCAGCCACCGGUGUCCAGUUGAAGAGUGAAGAUGGUCAAAGUGAGAAGAGACGAGGGGCGGAGCUUCCAAGCAGGAACAGCUCAAGUGAUGGAGACCAUUGUGAAGGAUCACAAACAGACGGAGAUGAUGGUGAACACUCUAAAGAUGUCAGUGAAUCUCUUCAUCCAGGCUGGCAGCAGUCAGUGUCCAGUCACAUCAAAGAGGAAGAAAAGGUUGAAGACGUGAAACACGUCAAAGACAAGAAGGAAGAAAUCUUACACAUGAAAGAGGACGAGGAGGAGGAAAUCAUCCAGCUUCCAUUCACUGGUGUUCAUUUGAAGAACGAAGAUGGUCAAUGUGAGGAGAGACGAGGGCCGGAGCCUCCAAACGGCAACAGCUCAAGUGGUGGAGACCACUGUAGAAGAUCAAAAACAGACUGUGAUGAUGAACAGUCAGAAGGUGAUAUGACACGUCACACUUCCAACAGAUGCUGGAAAUGUUCUCAGUGUGGGAAAACUUUUAUUUCCAAGGGCAAUUUAACAGGACACAUGAAAAUACACACGGGAGAGAAGCCUUUUUUCUGCUCAGUUUGUGGUCAAAGAUUCAAUCGGAAGGAACACUUAACAAGACACACAAGAACACACACUGGUGUGAAACCUUUUUCAUGUCCAGUUUGUGAUAAAAGAUUCACUGAGAAUGGAAGUUUAAAAAGACACACAAGCACACACACUGGUGAGAAACCUUUUUCCUGCUCAGUUUGUGGAAAAAGAUUCCCUCGGAAGGGAACCUUAAAAACACACACAAGAACGCACACUGGUGAGAAACCUUUUUCCUGUUCAGUUUGUAGUCAAAGAUUCUCUCAGCAGGGAACCUUACAAAAACACACAAAAACACACACUGGCGAGGAACCUUUUUCCUGUUUAAUUUGUGGUCAAAAAUUCUCUCUGAAGGGAAGCUUAAAGGUCCACUGUAAUGAAAUGCAUGUUUUUUAGUUUGUUAUUAAUGAGAAAAAAGACAGUUGUGGGCCGGGCGUAAUCCACUCUAAAAGUAGCAAGGGAUCCGUGUACGUAAGUUUUCUUUUUUCUUUUGACUUCUCCUGUUCGGGGUCACCACCGCGUGUCAUCUUUUUUCAUCUCUGCCUAUCUCGUACAUCCUCCUCUCCAACACUCACUGUCCUCAUGUCUCCCCUCAUGACAUCGAUCCGUCACAGAUUUUCUCAGUACAGUAAUCCCUUGUUUUUGCGGUCAAUGGGGACCAGAACCCUCCCUGAAAUGUGAAAAAACAAGAAAAACCGAACAGGAUAAAGCCACUCGUGCUCUUUUUGGUCGACGUCGCGCCGGGGGUCUCGCCUUGUUGUAAACAGCACAUACUGUAAACUGAUCUGGCUUUUUUCCUUUAGGGUGGGGGGGGGGUGCGAUGCACUGAAUUAUUAAGAUGCCUUUCGUAAAAAUGUAUUCAUGUGUUUUGGUGAUGACUGACAUUUUCUCACAUUUCUUGGGCGAGCCAUGCCAGGAAGUGCUGUUUGUCAUUAUUUGGAUGACAUCCUUUUCCAUCCUAAUCCAUAAAUUUGUUUUGUUUUUUGAAGCACAAUAAAUUUGA